AUGGAAGCUGAUAAAACUAUCAAACUGACCGGCCUAGAGAAAGCCAUUGAAGAAUCAUGGGGAAACGGAAAGGUUCCCUUCUUCUACGACACUCAGGGGAGCGCCUCUGUCUUCUUCAGCUACAAAGCUAGACUAUGCGAACUCCACAAGCAUCAGAUCGGAAGAAUUACCGGUGCGAAGACUCUCGAGGAAAUCAAGGAGGAUGUCAGGCUAAGUUUCUAUUACGCUAUGAAGAAUGGAGAGAACUUAGUUCUCUUCAUGGACAAGCUCAAUUUCGACUUCGAUGAAAUCUUUGAUGAAGAGUACCUCCCAAAAGAGAUCUUUGAACCAACUGAGAUUGUUAAAGAGGAAGUGUACAAGAAAGUUGUGAGAGAAGAAGAAGAUGUAGAUUCUUUUGGAAAUAAAGGACUCUUUGAAAUGAGAGAUACGUUUAAAGUUGCUGUUCUUUCUACUAGAAAUCCUGAAGAUGAAGAAAAUGCUGAAAUUGCAGAGAAAUUCCCAUCUGAUAAGUUCGACUUCAUUAAGAUCGAGUAA